GCGGGUGAGGAGAAAAUGGAUACAGUGGCCAGAAAUCAGAACAUUUGUCGCAGUUGUUUUGUGUUUGAACUUUUGCCAAAGAGUCCCACUCGGACGUGGAUUGGGAAGAGUGAGGAAAACUGCUACAGGACAAGGCGGGCGGCCAGUUUUGAGCGCGGCGCUGCGCGGUGCGGCGGGGACCCCAGACGCCGACGUUGGCCGGGGCGAGCCUGGGGGUGACUUAACCUGGGAGCGUUUGGGGCUUCCCAUGCGCUGCGCCGCAAGGAUAACAGACGUGGGCGGUGGAGCGGGGCGAUAUCCGGGCCCGGAGCGUCCCGGCACUGUCCUUCCUGGCUUCUUUCUGACUUCUGCGCGGCCGCGGACUGCUAAUCCGGGAUUAAGGGACAUUGGUGGGCGGAGCCUGGGGGCAGUGCUUUCUGACUCUUCGGGCCUUGUGGUGGUGGUGGUGGUGGUGGUGAUUUGUUGUUCUUGGGCUUUGUUGUUGUUGCUGCUGUUGGGUAUUUGUUUGUUUGUGUUUCGAGACAGGGUCUCACUGUAUAGUUCAGGCUGGCCUUGAACUUACCAUGCAGCCAGGGCUGGGGUCCAGCUCCCUAGUGUCCUGUUGCCUUUACCUCUAAAGUGCUGGGACUGCAAGCCUGGGCCACCCCAACCGGCCAUUGGUUUUGUUUCUUUGAAACAGGCUCACACCAAGUAGCUCAGGUUGAUCUUGAACUCACAGUAAACCUCCUACCUCAGCCUCCUGAAUGCUAGGAGUACAGAGCUGCGCUACCAGGCCUGGUGCAUUUUGUCAUUCGCAGGAGGGUCUCACAGUCGCUGAGUUGCCCAAGCUGAGCUCGGACUCAAGAUUGUCUUGCAUCAGCCUCCCAGAGUGUUAAGAUUACAGGUCCUUGGUCUAGUGCACGAGGAGCAGCUCUGACUGGGACGGACCCAGCACCCUCUGCAGCACCCAGGGACUGUGGGAUGUGGCCCGUGCCCCAAGAGCAGCUGGACGAUGCUGCAGACCAGCAACUACAGCCUGGUGCUGUCCCUGCAGUGCCUGCUGCUAGCCUAUGACCUCUUCGCCAAUGCCUUCUCUGAGCUGCUCCGAGGGGCACCCGUCGUCCAGCUGGUGCUCUUCAUGAGGUCAAGAGGUGGCAGGUGACACAGCGAGCCCCAGGCCAGUGGUGGGAGCCCAUAGCAUCCCUGGAAAGCGCUGGAAGCUGGCCGGCACUACAGGGCAUUCCACAGCUGGAUCGGGGCCUAAUUAGCAGUGGUCACAGAGUUCCCUGGAGAGGGACACUAGCCACCUCAGGCAAGGUCAGGUGGCCACCUGCUACUGAGUGCCACCGGCUGCAGGACGCUCGAGGCUGCCUUCUGUACAGGGGCCGCAGGGUCCUCUGGAGACAGGAGACAGGGCCCUAGCAGGGUAUUGGGAAUGGACCCACCCCACAGCAGCAGGACCUGGGAGGAUGUGCGCCCUCAGCCACUGUGCACUGCAACCCAAGUCACUGGGUGCCUAGCUUUUGUCACUGGGUGCUAAAGCCUGUGCUGCUGCAAGAAGGGACAAGCCCAAUGGUGCCCUGGCCCAGACCUCCAUGGGGCGCUCUGUUCUCCUCUGCAGCAUCCAGGACAUCUCGGUCCUCUUCAAUGUCAUCAUCGUUUUCCUCAUGUUCUUCAACACCUUCGUCUUCCAGGCUGGCCUGGUCAGCCUCCUGUUUCGUAAGUUCAAGGGCACCAUCAUCCUGACGGCCGCCUACUUCGCACUCAGCAUCUCCCUACAUGUGUGGCUCAUGAACCUGCGCUGGAAGAACUCCAAGAGCUUUGUGUGGACCAGCGGGCUGCAGGCACUGUUCGUGCUCCAGAGGCUGGCGGCAGUGCUCUACUGCUACUUCUAUAAGCGUACGGCCAUGCGGCUGGGCGACCCCCGCUUCUACUGCGACUCUCUGUGGCUGCGCAAGGAGUUCCUGCAGGGCUCAAGGUGACACCUCGGCCUGCCUGGUGGAAACCAUGAUGGCCGUCACAACAGGCACCCACGGCACACAAGGACGGCUUGGCCAACUGCGGCAUCAGGGAAGCGCCCUUUGGGGCUGCUGUGGUCCCUGUGCCUGGCUAGCUCUGCCCAAGCUACCCACCUUCUCCCACCUCCUCCACCCAGGGCUCCCGGGGACAGUGGACCCCUAGUCCCUGUGUUCUGGUACCACCCAGACUGACUUAGAACGCUACAAGCUCAAGCUCUGCACCCCUGACCAACUGUACCAUAACAUUUAGAUUUUAUACCUAAGGGACAUUUUUACAUUUUAUAAAUAGGAAGUAAAUUGAACUGCUUUUCCACAAA